AUGAACGGCGUUCAGGAUUCAACCUCUGCUGCGGCCUCGUCCCAGUCUGCGCAGAGGCAGGUGCGCGUGCAGCUCGUUAGCAAGCAAGAAGACAUUGCGCUGCCUGAGAGCACCGGCCCCAUUCUGGUUCCCACAGGAUUGCGGAGAUAUGCACUUUCUACCCUGGUGAAUAAUCUCUUGGGAAACGACAAGCCGGUGCCAUUUGAGUUUUUGAUUAAUGGCGCAUUCCUUCGGACUUCGAUCGAUGAAUACUUGACGGCCAAUGGCAUAUCUGCGGAAACCACUCUGGAAAUUGAGUACAUAAGAGCGUUGAUUCCCCCGCUCCAUAUUGCCUCCUUCGAGCAUGAUGACUGGGUUGGCUCUGUGGAUGUCCUCUCUGCGACCUCGCUUGCUACCUCUUGGGCUUCUGCGGUCGUCUCUCCAGGCCAGGAGAGAAUCCUAUCGGGAAGCUAUGACGGAUUGCUUCGUGUGUGGAAUAUGUCCUCCCAGAUCGUCGCAACCUCACCGUCCCCGGCUGAUGGAGGGCACGGUGCGUCCAUCAAAGCCGCUAAGUUCAUCUCGCCGAAUUCGAUUGUGUCGGCUGGCCUUGAUCGCACCGUUCGACUCUGGAAGUACAAUGAAAGCGAUGAUGGAUUCUCAGGAAAGAUCACUCCGCAGAUUGAGCUCUACGGACACAAAUCUGGUAUCAACUCGUUGGCUGUGCAUGCCCCCUCGAACCGUAUUCUCUCCGCCUCGUCAGACCACAGCAUUGGCUUCUGGUCGACAAAGAAGUCAGAUGCCCCAGCUGCCCCCGAGAACCUAGUUCCAUCUGCUGCGUCACGGAGCUCCAAGCGCAGAAAGGUGAGCUCGUCCGUCAGCAUCCCGCAGCGUGGCCCGCUUGCGCUGUUGUCUUCCCACACUGCGCCAGUGUCAGCUGCCAUUUUUGACACAAACGACUCGACUGUCGGUUAUUCUACUUCGUGGGAUCACUCUCUGCGUACAUGGGAUCUGGUCACGGCCGCUUUAGUAGACACCAGAUCGACAUCCCAUUCGUUGCUAUCUCUCGAGCAUCUCCCCGAGCACCACCUUCUUGCGACAGGAACUUCCGCUCGCCACAUCACUCUCAUCGAUCCUCGUACAUCAGCGACAACCAUCUCCGCCAUGACCCUCAGAGGUCACACCAAUGCCGUGGUUUCGCUGUCCCGCGAUCCCCACAGCAGCUACGGUCUCAUCAGUGGUAGUCACGACGGUACAUGUCGAAUCUGGGAUAUCCGUGCUACGAAGACGGACAAUGACGGUGUUGUUGGUGAGAGCGUGUAUUCGAUUACUCGGAGAAGCUUGGAAGAGCAAGGUAAAGCGGAUGCUAAGCGAGUAGGUGGAGAGGGAGUCAAGGUCUUCAGUGUGUGCUGGGACCGCUCGGUUGGCAUUGUCAGCGCCGGUGAGGAUAAGAGGAUUCAGAUCAACCGGGGUGAAGGCGUCUUGUCUUCCGCAUAA